UCUCACUGAGAUAAUCGAGAGAGAGAGCGAGAGAGAAGGAGAAAAAGCAAAGCACUGGAAAGCGGAGCAAUACAAGAAUCUGAUCGGUAUGAUAAAGAGCAGCAAUGACAGACGAAAUUCCUGUUGAUGUGAAGGAGGAAGUGGCAGAACUUGCCCCGUUCGAUCCUACAAAGAAGAAGAAGAAGAAGAAAGUGGUUAUUCAAGAACCUGCUGCUGAUGAGUCUGUGGAUAAUUUGGCUGAGAAAACAGAAAAUUUAUCUGUGUCUGAUGGACUUGAAAAUACUUUUUCUGGCAUGAAGAAAAAGAAGAAGAAACCUGUAGAAACUGAAGCAUUUGCUGAUGAAAUUGGGGACGCAGGAGAAGAUUUGGAUGACCAUGUAGGUGAGGAUGAAGAAGGAGAAGGGAUUUUACUUGGACAACAAUAUCCUUGGGAGGGAAGUGACAGAGAUUAUGAAUAUGAGGAGCUUUUAGGGAGAGUGUUUAACAUUCUGCGUGAGAAUAACCCUGAGCUUGCUGGAGAUAGACGUAGAACAGUGAUGAGGCCUCCUCAAGUACUCCGUGAAGGCACAAAAAAGACGGUGUUUGUCAACUUUAUGGAUCUUUGCAAGACGAUGCACAGGCAGCAUGAGCACGUCAUGAAUUUUCUAUUGGCUGAAAUGGGGACUAGUGGAUCUCUUGAUGGGCAACAACGAUUGGUUAUUAAGGGCAGAUUUGCCCCCAAGAAUUUUGAAGGGAUUUUGAGAAGAUACGUCAAUGAAUAUGUCAUAUGCAAUGGCUGCAAAAGUCCAGACACAAUUCUCUCAAAGGAGAACCGUCUAUUCUUUCUCAGAUGUGAACAGUGUGGUUCUGGACGGUCUGUAGCUCCUAUCAAGGCUGGUUUUGUUGCCCGUGUUGGACGUAGGAAGGCUGGGACAUGAUUGGGCUCUCCUUUUUUCCCCAUGGCCUCAGUUUCUCGAGAUAUAUUUUCCUCUUAAAGCCCUUAAACUGUAGGU